AUGACGAGCUACGUGUGUUUACCCCAACAAUACGACAUUCUCGAUUCGGAGGGCUACGGUUCAGCAAGCAGUCCGGAAUCGAAUCCAAGAAGCUACUGGCAGAUCCAGGAGUCCUACCCCCAGCCCCCUAGAUCAAGGGGCAGCAGUUGCGGUAGUGUGAGCUCGAUCGACAGUCACAGCACCCAAGACUACCGAAAUCUGGAGACAGCAACGGGUUCCGGAAUCCUCUCCACAAUGACACCGAGUACCUUCAACUUUGCUGAGUUCUACGAGGGCUACAAUCGUGAAGCCACCAAGUGCCAUGAAGUUGAUGAACGCCUCAACUUCAGAACGAUCUUCGAUGAUGCCUACGAAGCUGACUACACGACUAGUGUCAAGACUGUUGGACACUUCAAUCAGAAGAGUAUCAGCGAUCAGGGAGCUGAUGCACUCAUGAAAGCCUCGAUCUAUCCGGAGAGCAACAAGCUAGAGGCUAUCAGUGGUUACGGCAAGUCCGACUCGACGUAUAUCAGUGGGACUUACGACCAGAGAAGUGACAUGGACAUGAUGAGAAGCAGAUGCAGCGGUCACAUGCAGAUGAGGUACAGAAGGGACGUCGAGGAUUCCAUGAAAGACACACCCUACGAGAUUCAAAAGACCAAGGACAACAUUCAGAAGAUCAAGACCGGAGCACCGGGUGUUGAAGUAAUGAAGAAGCGGCGAUUGGCGGCUAAUGCCAGGGAGAGGAGACGCAUGAACAGUCUCAACGAUGCAUUCGACAGGCUGAGGGAUGUGGUACCGAGUCUCGGUAAUGACAGAAAGCUCAGCAAAUUCGAGACCCUUCAAAUGGCGCAAACCUACAUAGCAGCUCUCUACGAGUUACUUCAACGAGAAUGA